AUGGAUAUCCGCACCAUCGAUAAGGAAGAAAACCGGAGGCGCAUGAGAAACGGCGAGCUCUACUGGGCCUUUACCCCGGAUCUCAUCGCCGACAGGAAACGCUGCAAGGCCGCCUGCGACAAGCUGAAUAACGCUGGCGAUGUCAGCCGCCGUACCCUCGUCGGCAUGUGGAAAGACAUCAACCGGGACACGAUCCCUCUCCCUCCGCCACGUCUUCGCCAUCACGAGGACGAUGCCCUCCUUGAGGACUAUCCGUGGAUCGAUACCCCGAUAAAGAUGGACUAUGGCUACAACGUCAAGUAUGUGACACCACCACCACCCCCGGACCUCCACAGCCAAGUGAAGCUUAUCUCGUACUCACCGCCUCAUAGGCUUGGUGAGAAUGUCUACGUCAACUCCAACAGCACAUGGAUAGACACCUGCCUCAUAACCGUGGGCGACCGCACCCUCAUCGGUCCAAACUGCUCGUUCUACAGCGGCACACAUCCGCUGGAACCCCGUCUCCGCAACGGCACCCGCGGGCCAGAAUCGGGCAAGCCAAUCACCAUCGGUGAGGACUGCUGGCUCGGGGGCAACGUCAUCGUGCUUCCCGGGAUCACCAUCGGCAAGGGCGUGACCGUCGGCGCGGGGAGCGUCGUGACCAAGGACGUGCCGGAUUUCGUAUGCGUGGCGGGCAACCCGGCGCGGGUAAUCAAGACUGUCGAGCAGUCGCAGCCGACGACAACAAAGCCGUCGAACGAGGUGUCGAACAGAAUCGUUCCUAGCUCUACUAUGUAG